AUGGCUGAAAACGGAGUGAUUCGAGUGGAAAUCGACGAAAUCGAAGGAUUGCAAGCGGUGGACGAGCUGAAACAACCCGUCGAGAUGGGAAAUCUCAAAUGGGAAUCAUUUUUGUCAGUUUUCUAUGAGAUUGUUUGUUUUUCAGGACGUUCGGGGCGUUUUCGGAGACGUCGGAGCGUACCGGCCAUGUCCGCAAUCUCGGCCUCCUGCUCCACUGCAACAAGACGAAUCGGAGCAAUUUGUGGCGGGUAUCGGCACGAAUUCAGUUCAAAAUCGUGAAAACGGGCACGGACAUCGGCGCCACUUCCGACGAAUUCGAAGUUGAAUUCUCGGCGAGAAAGCGGAAAUUGGAAGUGCCGAACUUUAUGAAUUGGCAAGAAGUGACGUGUCCGGAGAACGGAUACGUGGAGGCAAAUACGGCAGUUGUGGAGGCACACGUGCACGUGCGAUCCAUCGAGGGCAUUCAGAUGAGGCCGCUUCUGGAGACUUUCGAGCAGCCGAACGGUCAUCUCACCGACGGAGUGCUUCUCGUCGAGGGAAAGAGGGUCCACGUCAGCAAACAGGUCUGGAAUUGUCUGGGGAAACAUGAAUUUUUGCCAUUUUUCGUUCAGAUUCUCGCCCAACACUCCAAGCUCUUUCUCGAUCUCCUCUACUCGAGUUCGUCGGAAAUUUCGAUUGACGACGUCGUUCACUCGGAAUUCGUCGAUCUUCUCAACGUCAUCUACCCGUCACACAAGGAAAUCGACAGUAAACUUGACGAACAGUCCUUUGAUUAUCCCCUCCCUCCCCCCCCCCUUAUUACAGCUGGAAACGUGGCGCAUCUUCUUAGACUGUCCGAUCGCUUCGCAAUUCCGAUGGUCCUCGAGAAGUGCGAGAACUUCUUGAUUUCCUGCCGAAAUAUCCAUCUGGUCGAGAAGCUGAAGUACGCGGAGAUGUACAGACUCUCCAGGCUUCAGGUAAGAAGCAUUAAUCGAAAUUUCAAGAAGAAGAUUAUUUUGCAGAAUCAGUGUUUAGAGGAGCUGAAAACGAACGAAGAGGUGCUCAGAUUGGCUCAGCACUCCGGCUACCCAUCGCUCGGCGACGUCACUCAAACCGUUCUCUUCCAAAGAGUUAUCGAGCUCUCCCAGUCGACAUGUUAA